AUGUUCUCUUUUUUGCCGCGGCCCCUGGACAGCGCAUGCACAGAGAUCAUCAAGGCAUGCAGCGCCGAAGGGCUCGAGGAUGACGAUGAUGAGGCAGACGAGAAGCAGGACGGACAGGACCAUGUGUUCUCCUUCUAUGACGAGCUGUCACCAGAAGAGCAGCGGCAGUUGGACGACCAGUUUGAUCGAAUCAAUGCCGAGGAGUUCGAGAGAGCUUGGAGGCACGGCGCAGAUGAGACCAGUCUUGCCGAGCAGGGCAUCCAGACCGUGCCCCCGUCCCUGAUGAACUGGGAUCGCAAGAAACCGCCUGAGCUAAAAGAAGGCGCCAAUAUCACCAAGCUCGCAGACGUCAGCGAGCGGAAAUGGACUGCCUGGCAAACCCUUGGUCUCGAGAUGUAUUCUCGCGACAGGGUGGCCAUAGUGAUCAUGUCCGGUGGGAAAGACUCCCACAUUGGUGGACGGGUGCCGAAGGGUGCUUUGGAUGUGGGUCUGUUGUCUCACAAGUCCAUCUUCCAGCUUUACUUUGAGAGGAUCAGAAGGCUGCAGCACCUGGUUCAGCGGAAGUUCCCUCAGAAAAAGGUAAACAUUCCCGUGUACAUAAUGUGCAAUGGCGACAACAAAGAAACCAUCGAAGACUUCUUUCGCGAAAAUUUCCGCGACGGCAAGUUCUUCGGCAUCAGAGAGCAGGAUGUCCUUUUCUUCACCCAGGGCGACUAUCCAAUCUGUGACAAGCGCUGGAAAUACCUUCUGGAAGAGAAGCACAGGAUUGCGUUGAGCCCAAAUGGCAACGGUGGUAUCUUCAAAGCCUUGGUAGAGGAGGGCAUGGUUUCUGAUAUGAAAAGCAGGGGUGUGACGAGCAUCUACGUCUGCAGCAUCGACAACAUCCUAGCCAAGGUCGGUGACCCGAUCUUCAUCGGCUUCUGUGACACCUGCAAGGCAGAUGCUGGCCUCAAGACCAUGGAGAAGGUGCUCCCAGAGGAGCAGUAUGGCAUCUUCUGCUCCCAAAUCUACCGGGACGUCUUUGAAGACGUGGACGGGGAUGGCAAACUCGACUCAACUUCCAAGACCAAGGCAUCCGUUCUGGAGUUUUUCGAGAUUCCGGAGGACUUGAAGAAGCGGCGAAAGCAGGCAGGCUCCGGUGGAAUGCCACUGGAACUGAGUGCUGGAAACUUGUCUCAGUACUUCUUCAAGAUCGACUUUGUCAAAAAGGUGGCUCAGCUGCCCAAAGAUGCGUGGCCAAAGAAAUGGCACGUCAUCCCGAAGGCCAUGCCCUACGUGGAUGUAAAGCUCGGCCACAAGGUGGAGCCUGUUAAGCACGACCGGAAUGCCAGGCGGCUUGAGAUGUUCAUCUUCGAUGCCUUCCAGCUGUGCAAGAGUGUAGUUGCCCUGGAGGUUCCGCGGGCGGAGUAUGCAGUGGUCAAGAACAUCUCGGGGCCCAACUCUCCGCAGACGGCAGUGCAGGCACUUGGCCAGCUUCACCAACGCUGGAUCAUCCGCGCUGGCGGCGAGUUCGUGGACUCCAAGGUGGCCGGGGAAACUGAAGACCUGAAGUGCGAGAUCUCACCUCUGGCAUCCUAUGAUGGGGAGGACUUGGAGGGCCAGUUUCUGAAGCCCAUCGCGCUCCCCUUCUAUCUGCCGUCCCAGAAGGAGAUCACGGACUUCUCGGCUGCCACUGCACCGCUUGCUAGGAGGCCCUCGACUCACUACUUGGACUGGCAGUCAGACAUCGUCCGUCACGAGCUGGAAGUGGAGCUGCACGCGCAGCUGGGAAAUGUAUUGGAACUCAUGGAACACCCAGACAAGUACCAAUACGCGGGAGAGCGCGCAGCCGACAAGGAGAAGCUUCCCGACACGCCUCGCGACACAGGGCCAAAGAGGCCUGGUGCAGCAGCUGCAGCAGCUGCUGCAGCAGCAGCAGAGGCUGCUGAAGAUGCUGACGUACGACAAGGCUACAAGGAGAGGGACACAAAUGACCCGUCAGACCCAUUGACCGCCCUUGAGGGCCCACCUACUGACACGCACAUCGACCCCCAAAAAACGAUUGCCAGUGAGAAGCGCCAGAAAUACUGGGGUCGCGACACCGCCCCGACGAGUGCACGAGCUCCACCUUCGGCGCGAGCUCCACCUUCGGCGCGAGCUCCGCCCUCGGCGCGUGGGGGCCGCGGCGAGGCUUCUCCGCGCGAGCGCGGGAGUGCUCGCGGCAGCGCUCGUGGGGGUGGCAGUGCUCGGGGUAGGGCAUCCCCCGGAGAGUGA